AUGGGCGUUGACCGGAUGCCGUGCGUGAGAAGCAGCGGGGUCGACGGCAUGCGGUAUGUAGGUGACUUGAUGGAGGUGUACAGACUGUACCGAUACAAUGACUUGUUUAGUAGCUUUCGACAUAUGCCGAGCCUGUCCUUGCCGGACGGCAGCCACCGCUUGUCUUCGGAAACGACGCUGGUCAUAUAUCCGACAGUUAGCGGGAUCCCUUUAUACGGUGUCUCCACAAUGAGUGCGAUUGACGUGAAGGAUAUGAGUUAUACCGCCGACCCAUCCAUCACUCGGUCAGUUAUCCAAAAAUCUCUGGUCGUAGUAAGCGAGAUUCCCUGCUGGGACCUAAUGAUAAGACUUACGAGAGAAUACUGUGAAGAGCUCUUCGAGAGAAAAGAUUUCAGGUCUGCUCAGAUGAUCAUGUCUUUACUCUACGAAUCUGUUAACAAGGAAAUUCUCAGGUCAACGAACAUCAUGGAUACUCAGACACUUCCUCGCUAUCAUCUUACUCUACUACAACAGUCCGGUCUUGAGCGAUCCAUGGACAUGAUACCCAAUUCACUCAAGGAGUACACGAGAAAGAUGCUGAAAAGCCAAACGAUCAUGAAACCAAAUCUUACAUCGAAAUCUCGAGAUAUCAUACAAGAAUAUAUACUACAGAAUACACCGAAAACCCAUGUAUCCCUAUUAUGGUUCCAACCCUAUUACGGUUCCAACCCUAAUAUGGUUCCAACCCUAAUAUGGUUCAACCCUAUGACGGUUCAACCACCCCCCACCGGACACUUUGAUGAGUACAUCAUGAGUUCAGAGGUUUUAAUAACCGUGAUGAAGGCAUUACUCCUGGAAUGUAGGAUCAUAGUUUGGGGACCGAGUGCGUCAUUAGUGUCAUCGAUAGUGGUUUAUUUCACUACUAUUGUACCAAUUUGUCAUCAACACUACUCGGUUAAUGUAUUUGAUUUGGGCACGAUCGUUCUGCCAUAUGCUUCCCUGGAUUUAUUAAAGGAAUUGAAUGAAGCAAGAUCAUACAUCAUCGGGACGACAAACGUAGUUUAUCUGAGUCAGGUUCCAUCGGAUCUCGUGGUGAUUUGUCCGCACGAUGAUAUUACAGUCACACCUGAGACGUUGGGCGUCCAUCAUCAUCACUUGCCCAGCUCGAAGGUCACGGCCAUCGAUGUGAGAAAUAAGCAGCUAAAGAGCGUAUUACAACCGGCGGAGUUCGACAGUAAGCUGUCCAAAGGCUUGGGUAUUGAGGCGAGUGCGCCAGAGCCUGAGGAGAACACUAUCUUCGACUCGGUACAAGUUUCACCGAGGCGGAACUCAGAAGACCAUCAUAAACAUUCCAACGGAAUUUGCGCAAGUAAGUCACCUGGAGUCCGGGGUCAUGUAUAG